UAGGUAUGCUUUGGAAGACUAGUGGGUCAAUAAUUCCUUCCACAUGAAAGUUGUUAAAUUUAUAGGAUAUUUUACAAUAAAUGAAUUUAAGUCCUUUUAUUAUAGUUUGUAUACCUUUUAGUAAAAUCAGUCAUAUUCUGAGGCUGUGUAUCUGGUCGGCUGCUUUUUUCCUUCCCAUGCUUUAUAAAUUUGCUAUUUCCUAAUUUCUUUAGCAGUGUUCUCAGUUCUGUUUUAAAUGUUUAAAAUAUGUUAUUACUAAUUCACUCACCAAUUUUUAGAAGGUCAACCUAACUUAACAUUAGGAACCUAUCCCAUUUGCUCAGUCCCAGUCUUUCUUCAUUAUUGUUAUUUGAAAAUUUUGUUGUUUUAGAAAUAAAUCAUCAAUACCGUAUUUUUCCUCCAAAUUUUGUGUGCAUUGGCAUUGUUUCUCCUUAGUGUGCCCUUUAUACCAUAUGGAGUAGUGCCACCUAGUUUUAUAAUGUUCCUUGACUAUCACACUAUUUCUAUUUGAUGUGCAUUAUAUUGAAGUAUUAUUUAUAUGUGUCUGAUUUAAGAGUUGAUUCUGAAGAUUAAAAAGUCAGGAGUGUAGUUUGGUGGUAGAGCAAGUUCUUAGUACCAGCAGAAGCCUUUGGCUCAAUUACUAGUGAUGCAAAAAUGUUUGGGUGUAAUAUUUGAUAGUUUUAUUGCAGAAAUUAUAAUUUUGUGCACUUUACUGUGGGUAUAUAAUAAAAGCAGCAUUUGCUAGAAAAAUGUAAUGAAUAUGCUGAUGGAAGGAUGUAAUUAACAUGUGAAGAUUCAAACUGAAAUUCAGAAUUGAGCUUAUGUGGACAAUGAAUAACAAAGAAAUGUCUGUGAGGGCUAGAGCGGUGCCUCAGCAGUGAAGAUCACUGGCUGCUCUUUGGAGAGGGCCCAGCUUCUAUUCCUGACACUUAUAUGGCAACUCACAACAAUCUGUAACUCCUGUUUCAGGAAGUCCAGUGCCUUCCUUUGAUCUCCUUGGCACUUCAUACCUGUGGUACACAGAUACACACUCAGGCAAAACACCUAUAUUCACAAAAAUAAAUACUUAGAAAAUAAGGCAUGUCUCCCUUCCAGGACUACUGUGAUCUUAAAGUCAGAAUCAGUAUAUCCACUUUACCCAGAGGCUCACAUAUAUUAAUACUCUUCUAAUAAUUGGUUGUCACAGAAAUGAUAUUUUCCUUCAGGAAAUAAUAGGGCUAAAUUAAGAAGUAGUAUAGUAGGCAGAUGAAGAAUGAACUCAAAAGCAAUACAAAUAUGCUUGUAUUCUGACUUUCCCUGUAAGCAAGAAUAUCUCAAAACCUUUGUUUCUUUGCAUGGAAAAUUGUUGCUAUUGCAAUUACCUUUUUCUUUUCACAAACAAUAUAGGCUGACUGUAACUUUUAAAAGUAUGUAUGCAUAUAUAUCAAAAUAUCUCAAAUCUAAUUAGGACUAAUUCACUGUUAGAAUUGUAAUUUUAUACUUCAAAUAUUUUCAUCAGAACUCUUACAAUGAAAAUUCCUGGAACAUGGUGGCGUCUUUCAUCAGAAUAUGCUGGCAUCGCCAUCUACAUCAGGUCAGCUGUCUCAAUUUGGGGCAAGUUUAUACGGGCAACAAAGUGCACUAGGCCUUCCAAUGAGGGGGAUGAGCAACAAUACCCCUCAGUUAAAUCGCAGCUUAUCACAAGGCACUCAGUUACCGAGCCACGUCACGCCAACAACAGGGGUACCAACAAUGUCACUUCAUACGCCUCCAUCUCCAAGCAGGGGUAUUUUGCCUAUGAAUCCUAGGAGUAUGAUGAACCACUCCCAGGCUGGUCAGGGCAUUGGAAUCCCUAGCAGGACAAAUAGCAUGAGCAGUUCAGGGUUAGGUAGCCCCAACAGGAGCUCGCCAAGCAUAAUAUGUAUGCCAAAGCAGCAGCCGUCUCGACAGCCUUUUACUGUGAACAGUAUGUCUGGAUUUGGAAUGAACAGGAAUCAGGCAUUUGGAAUGAAUAACUCCUUAUCAAGUAACAUUUUUAAUGGAACAGAUGGCAGUGAAAAUGUGACAGGAUUGGACCUUUCAGAUUUCCCAGCAUUAGCUGACCGGAAUAGAAGGGAAGGGAGCGGCAAUCCAACUCCAUUAAUAAACCCCUUGGCUGGAAGAGCUCCUUACGUUGGAAUGGUAACAAAACCUGCAAAUGAGCAAUCCCAAGACUUCUCAAUACACAACGAAGAUUUUCCAGCGUUACCUGGUUCCAGCUAUAAAGAUCCAACGUCAAGUAAUGACGACAGCAAAUCUAAUUUAAGUACAUCGGGGAAGACGACUUCAAGUACAGAUGGACCCAAAUUCCCUGGAGAUAAAAGUUCAACAACACAAAACAAUAAUCAGCAGAAAAAGGGGAUCCAGGUGUUACCUGAUGGUCGAGUUACUAACAUUCCUCAAGGGAUGGUGACGGACCAAUUUGGAAUGAUUGGCCUGUUAACAUUUAUCAGGGCAGCAGAGACAGACCCAGGAAUGGUACAUCUUGCUUUAGGAAGUGACUUAACAACAUUAGGCCUCAAUCUGAACUCACCUGAAAAUCUCUAUCCCAAAUUUGCAUCACCCUGGGCUGCUUCACCCUGUCGGCCUCAAGACAUAGACUUCCAUGUUCCAUCCGAAUAUUUAACAAACAUUCACAUUAGGGAUAAGCUGGCUGCAAUCAAACUUGGCCGAUAUGGAGAAGACCUCCUCUUCUAUCUGUAUUACAUGAACGGCGGGGAUGUAUUACAACUCUUAGCUGCAGUAGAGCUUUUUAACCGUGAUUGGAGAUACCACAAGGAGGAGCGGGUAUGGAUUACCAGGGCACCAGGCAUGGAGCCAACGAUGAAAACCAACACGUACGAGCGGGGGACCUACUACUUCUUCGACUGUCUCAACUGGAGGAAAGUAGCUAAGGAGUUCCAUCUGGAAUAUGACAAAUUAGAAGAGCGACCUCACCUGCCAUCCACCUUCAACUACAACCCUGCUCAGCAAGCCUUCUAAAAAGACGUCCCUUUUCUUGGGGUAUGGCUGUCUCAGCACAAUACUCGACAUAACUGCAGAACUGAUGUGGCUCAGGCACCCUGGUUUUAAUCCCUUGAGGAUCUGGCAAUUGGCUUACGUAAAGGGUCACCAUUUGAGGUCCUGCCUUACCAAUUAUGUGCUGCCCAACAACUAAAUUUGUAAUUUGUUUUCUCUAGUUUGAGCAGGGUCUGAAUUUUUUCAUUUAUUUUCUUUUUUGCCAGCAGACAGACUUGGGUCUAUAAAGACAAGCAAGUACACUGACAGAAGUUACCAUUUAGUUUCUUAAAUGUAAAAAAGAAAACCCACAAAAGACUCAACAAAAAUUAGACCACAAAAUUUGCAUUGUUCAUUGUAGCACUAUUGGUAAUAAAAGAACAGAUGUUUGUGCAUUUUUAUGUGAAGAUCCUUCUCGUAUUUCAUUUGGAAAGAUGAGCAAGGUCUGCUUCUUUCAUUUUACUUCCCCUUGUGUUUCUGAAAGGCAGUUUGGCCAGGCUUACUGCAGGCAUCCGACUGUGUAGAGAUUGCCACAGUCUCUGGGGGCUCCAGGGCUGUGCUGUAACUGAGCUUCAUCUUUCCAGAAUGAGCAAAACACUGUCCAGUCUUUGUUACGAUUUUGUAAUAAAUGUGUACAUUUUUUUUAAAUUUUGGACAUCACAUGAAUAAAGGUAUGUAUGUACGAAUGUGUAUAUAUUAUAUAUAUGACAUCUAUUUUGGAAAAUGUUUGCCCUGCUGUACCUCAUUUUUAGGAGGUGUGCAUGGAUGCAAUAUAUGAAAAUGGGACAUUCUGGAACUGCUGGUCAGGGGACUUUGUCGCCCUGUGCACUAAAGGGCCAGAUUUUCAGCAGCCAAGGACAUCCAUACCCAAGUGAAUGUGAUGGGGCUUCAAGACGUGAACUGAGACAAUUCACUCUGGCUGUUUGAACAGCAGCGUUUCAUAGGAAGAGAAAAAAGAUCAAUCUUGUAUUUUCUGACCACAUAAAGGCUUCUUCUCUUUGUAAUAAAGUAGAAAAGCUCUCCUCA